ACUAAUUAUUGCAGCCAUGCUACGAGAAUAUAUAAUGUCAUAGUUGUACACCUGUCGGAAUGGUUCAGUCACGAUGUCGAUUCUCAAGUGUAAUGUUGUGCUCCUAAGUCUGAUGGCGGCCGUGAAAUGUGGCACUGUUAAUUAUAACGGCGCGUCGAUCAAGGAAGUGGCCGACGACGUGAUGGUGCACGGCGAAGGGCCAUUUUGGGAUUCCGAGAAUAACGUCUUGUAUUUCGUCGAUAUAUCUCAACACCGCGUUUAUAGAUUUUUCCAAAACCAUUUGGAAUAUGCUCAAUUAGACAAUGACGUGAGUUUUGUGAUCCCGGUUCAUGGACAACAAGGUCUAUUUGUCAUUGGAUUGGGUACAACGUUGGCUAGUCUCCGAUGGAAUCUCAACGAUAAAACGAAUAAAGUCGUUGGUCUGAUCACCGUUGAUAACAAUAAACCAGGCAACCGAUGGAACGAUGCAAAAGCAGAUACCAACGGGUACUUGUGGGCUGGUACUAUGGGAUUCGAAGACGCAGCUGGAAAUAUCCCUCCGGGACGUGGAACUUUAUAUAAGCUAAACGACACCAGCUGUUUUAAAAGCCUGGAAUCCGUCUUACCUGGCGUUUCUGUUUCCAACGGGCUGGCGUGGAACGGCGACAGUACAAGGAUGUAUUACAUAGAUUCGCCGACCAAGCAAAUAGCGGUUUUUGACUACAAUCCUGUUAAAGCUUCUAUAUCGAACCGGAAAACAUUCUACGAUUUCAAGACAGACGACAUACCGGGCGUCCCUGACGGUAUGACGAUCGACGCAAACGGUGAUCUCUGGAUCGCUAACUACAAUGGUGCUCAGGUACUGCAUGUGAGUGGAACUAAUGGAAAGUUGUUGGGCAAGUUAAAGAUUCCCGCCGAAAAGGUUUCAUCUGUUACGUUUGGUGGACCACAGUUGGAUAAACUAUACGUUACGACAAUCAGUCGUGGUGUGACGCCAGAGAAAUUCCACGAGUAUCCGAUGACGGGAAAGGUAUUAGAAGUGUCCGGUCUAGGUGUCAAAGGUACAAAGAAUAAUCGAAUACGUGAAAAAUGUUUUCGAUCGCCGUAAAUAUUUAGUAUCGUGAGUAAAAAGUAAUUCGCGUUUUAUUAAACAUGACUUCAUUGUACAAAAAAUAAUUCAUAAUUAUAACGUCGUUUAAUAUAUAUCUAAUAUUUAAUCGUAUUUUAAUUAUUGUAUUUGUGAUUUUGUUCAUGACUGUUAAAGUAACAAUGAUUAAAUUUUUAUUUUCCAAUGAAUGUUUACACUGUAUCCACCGUAGAUAUAUAAUACUAUACACUUAUAUAUAAAU